AUGGACGUCCACACUCAAAAUGAGCAUAACCGGCGGGUUGUGGCCCGCUAUUGGGAAGAGGUCUGGACCAAAGGAAAUCUCAGUGUGAUUGACGAACUGUGCUCCGACAAUUACACAGUCUUCUACCCGCUACAUGGUCAAGUUACCGGAAGUUUGCCUCAAGCCAAUUCGGGUAAAGAAAUGCGUUUCUCAGGUACCACGAUAUUCACACUCAUGGAUGGCAAGAUUGUGGAAGAAAUUGGAGAAGAAUCCGCACUACUGGCACUCCAGCAAUUGGGCUUGGUGCCAACGAGCUAA